AUGCAUGACUUAGUUGAGCCACUUGUUAAUUCUGAUUUUCAUGUUCAUCCUUUCAUUUUGACUAGUUCAAUCAAGGAAGGUGAUGAUCAUGAUGAUUCGUAUACAUAUUGCUGCGAUAUUUGUGAAAAAAGAAGAGAUCCAGCUCAUGCCACUUAUUCUUGUCAAGAAUGUCACCUUGAUGCUCAUUUUAAAUGUGUUUUACCUCCGGAGAGCAUCUCACACAUAACAUUUUUGCCUCGAGAGCCAGAACAUGAUUUGGACUACUUGUCAAACAAAGAGAUUGAGGGGAAAGGAGAAAUCACAAGUGCCGAUAAAGCACUCGUACAGAACGCAAUUUCUGAAUUGAGUACAGAGAUGACAAAGAUGAGAGAGGUGGUCGAAGAAUUGCUCGGCAAAGUAGAAAGUAGAGAAGUGACAGAAGAACUUGAGAAACUUGAGGAGGGUCAUGCAAAAGCUGAAGGUAUAAUAAAAAAGCUUGGGGAAACUUUUUCAUGACUGUUAUUUAAUUAGGCAAACCCUGUAAGCCAAUGUUUAUGCUUGCUAUUUGGUACUGUAAUAUAUAUAUAUAUAUAUAUGCAUGCAUAUUAACUCUUAUUGCCCUCUUUGGAAUAAAACUGGGCCGGACAG